UCGGAGAUUGACACCAGCUGCUAACCUGUCCCCAAAGAUGAAGCUGGCCAACAGCAGUCUGGCUCUGAAACUGUUUUCUAUUGAUGAGGAUGAUUUUUACCCAAACAUGUUCUGGGCUGAAAUCCAAGCAAAAGCCUUACCCGAGAAAUGGGCAAAGAUUGAAGCCUAUGAUUUCACAGACUUUCAGAUGUUAAACCCUUCUCACUUGAGAUACUUUUUCGUCCUAGAAAGAAUGCCAAUAGAGCUUGGACAGUUUUUAGAAGGAGACACUAUUACCAUCCAGCUGCCCCAGUAUCUUCAGGUGUCUCCUUCCAGCUUUGUGAAGUGGACCAAGGAGCCUUCGCUCAUGACGCUGUUUGACACCAAUGCUGUUGUGCUGGCCAACGGGACUGAGGGGAUUGAGAUCAAAGGAGUAAAGAAUAGUGAAUUUGGUUACAUCCGAGCUCUUGUCUAUGAUUUCACCCCUGAUGUUCCUGGAAGGGUUAUGGUAGCCCAGAGGCUCUUCUUCAUAAAGAAGGAUAUUAGCAAAAUGUGCAAUGGAACUCGGAAUGAAAAGAAUUGCCACUGUAACCCAGGAUUUGAGGGAAAUGGCGUACACUGUAUUGAUAUAGAUGAGUGUGUGGAAGGAAUGCCCAUGAAGUGCCUGCCCGAGGCUGAAUGCAUCAAUAGAUAUGGAUCGUACUUUUGUCGUUGCCCACAUGGAUUCAAAGGAGAUGGACUGUACAGCUGUGUAGAUAUAGAUGAGUGUGCAGGAGGUAUCCAUAACUGUAAUCAGGAUGCGACUUGUCUGAAUACUCUUGGCUCCUAUUUCUGUGUGUGUCAGAGUGGGUUUAUUGGUGAUGGCAUUCACUGUAAAGCAAAAAGCAUAUGGUCCCCAUGGUCUCCGUGGUCUGUCUGUACUGUCACUUGUGGAUACCAGAACCAAAUGCGGAUCCGCUUGUGCACCCAUCCAGAGAGUGGGAUGCGUUGUGAGGGACCUUCUGCUGAUCUCAAGCUUUGUCCCAAUCUAGAACCAUGCCCAAUGAAUGGCCAGUGGUCAGAAUGGUCACCCUGGUCAAUGUGUUCUGACACCUGUUCAGGAAUCAAGAAAAGAAUCCGGAUUUGCAAUAGCCCUGCUCCUUCCAGAGGAGGUUUGCCCUGUGCUGGCUUAAAGGAGGAAGUCACGGUGUGCAACAACAACAAAUGCCCAGUUGAUGGGAUGUGGUCUCCGUGGGCAUCCUGGACUCCCUGCCCCAUCUCUUGCGGCCUAGGAGUGGUGAGCCGAUCUCGACGAUGCAAUAAUCCUGCCCCGGAGCAUGGGGGAAAGAAUUGCACUGGACACGGAUAUGAGGAAGGUUCUUGUGGAUUUCCAGAGGACUUUUGCAAAUACCUGAAGCGACCAUCUGAAUCCAUUAUACCAGGGAAACUGAUCCAGUAAUCAGUCUAAAGAAGUUAGUGUGCUGAAAAACUGUUGAAAUUCACUAGCCUCUAACUCACUUACAUGCCUUUGAAAAGCCCAGCUGUACUGAAAAGUUCCAAAAGAAACCUGCCUCAAUAGAAAACUUUUAGUCAUGAUACUUACCGGAAAACACACAUUAUUGGUGUUGGAACCAGUGCAGUGUACUGAAUGCUAAGACCUAUGUUGUUCAUGACUUUCGUAAAGAAUAAAAGCCGGGCACAAAAUGAA